UCCACUGUCGCGAUCCUGCCGUGCGUCGCGCAGUCCGCUGCGCCCGGGCCAUGGCGGCUCUGCGGCCCGGAAGCAAAGCGCUUCGCCCGCCCCUCGGCCGUUCCUUCUCCGGCGGCGUUGGUCGCCUGGCCCGGGGACGCGGUUCCGAGCGCAGGGAUGCUGCGUGCAGCCCGGUCUCAAGAUUCUGCCCUCCAAGACAAUCUUGCCAUGAUUGGAUAGGACCCCCAGAUAAAUACUCAAACCUUCGCCCAGUUCAUUUUCAUAUCCCUGAAAAUGAGUCCCCCUUGGAACAAAGGCUUAGAGAAUUGAGACAAGAAACACAAGAAUGGAAUCAGCAGUUCUGGGCCAACCAGAAUUUGGCUUUUAAUAAGGAAAAAGAAGAAUUCAUUCACUCAAGACUGCAAGCUAAAGGCUUGGGCCUGCGAACAGCGUCAGGUCAAAGAACAACACUGGAUGCAGAGGAAAUGGCUGACUUUUAUAAGGAGUUUCUGAGUAGGAAUUUUCAGAAGCACAUGUGUUAUAACCGAGACUGGUACAAGCGUAAUUUUGCCAUCACGUUCUUCAUGGGGAAAGUGGCCCUGGAGAGGGUGUGGAGCAAGCUGAGUCGGAAACAAAAGAAGACAAGCAGUUAGGAGCCCAGCUGGGCCUGACCCGCCGGCCUGCCAGCACCCAGCUUCC